AUGCUGGUCUUCUUCUUGGGCCUGACAUUUGCAAAGAACGCUUGCGUCUCUGGGUCUGCAGAAUGUGUUGCAAACACCCUGCGAGUCUGUGGAAUAAAGAACCAGUGGAUAUAUGUUGACUGUCCCGCUGGAACAGAGUGUGCAGUCAAGGGCAACGAGAUAGCCUGUGUUCCCCGCAGCAACAAAGGGAAGACAGGUUCGCGUGACGAGACAAGGCCAGGAAGGAAGGAUGAGCCUUCUACUCCACAGGAUCCUGGCGAAGAACAGGGAUCUGAAGAUAAUGCGGCUGAAAGCGAUAAGGAUGAUAGAAAGGAAGAUGAUGACAGGAAUGAUGAUGACAGGAAUGAUGGUGACAGGCACGAUGAAAAGAGAAGAAAGAGAAGCCGUCCAGAAAAAGAGAGUAGUGUAAUGGCAGAGAAGAUAAAGCCAAAGGUUGGGAAAAGUGGCAUCGACAGGAGCAAACAGCAUGGUUCAAAAGAGAAGGAUGAGGAGAAGGACGCAGGGAAAGGCCGAAGGAAGGAAGUCAAGACAGUGACAAAAACCAUCAGCACCUCGAAAAGGGAGAGCGGCACAACAGUUACUGUAACAAGAACGAUUGUACAGAGGCAACCUCCGACGGAGAUAAAGUUGGAGUACACGUCAAGUGAUAUUGAGCCAAAGGUCAAGCCUAUAGGCUCAUCAUCGUCUGGGCAAGUACAAGCCUCACAGAGUCCAGGUAAGGGAGCCUCGGGAUCUAACCAGUCUGUUUCUCCCUCUGCCCCGGGCGGGAUGGGAGAAAGCAGUCCAUCUGGAAAGGCCUCCUCCGGUCCAGGAUCUCCAUCAUCUGGUGCUGCACCUAGCUCGAAUGCAUCACCAGGAAGCGGCUCUUCCUCACCCUCUUCCUCUCUGACCACCAAUAAGCCGGCCACCAUGCCAUCAUCUUCAAGCAGCCCGUCGGGAUCACCAUCACAGGGAAAGUCCCAGGGAUCUGGAGUAGGCUCUGGAAAGAGUGAGCAGAAGCCUCAGCGGACGUCCUCUCCCCCAUCCGGAGGAAGUAACCCCAGCGUCCAGCAGGGAGGAGGUACUAAUGAGAAGGCAGGAGGCGCCGGUACGGGUGGAUCUAGCUCUCCACCGGCAACACAACCUGGAAAGGAUUCUGGAACCUCGGAAGGCAAUAAGCCAUCUGGAGGAACCUCGGGAGGAGCAAAAAAGGGAUCUUCUGGAGGUGGAGUGAACAUCUCCUCCGAUCAGCUGACCCAGGCAAUGACAAAGUUAGGCUUUUCCCCAAAGCCGGAGUACAUCGAAGCAAUCGUCUCCAGAGUAAACGAAAAGUUCAGCGACUUGAACGAGGCAACGAUGUUUAUAGCCCAAUGCGCCCACGAGUCUGGAGGAUAUCAGUACAUCGAAGAGGUAGCAUGUGCAGGGGGAACAGGAUGUGCCGGCCAGUAUGGAACAGGAGCGCCUGGAAAGUCCUACCACGGGCGUGGGUUCAUACAGCUGUCGUGGCCUGACAACUACAAGGCUGCAGGAGAAGCCCUGGGUCUAGGAGAGGAGCUCUACAACAACCCAGAGAAGGUUUCUGAGGAUCCAAACCUCGGGGCUGAUGUAUCGAUAUUCUACUGGGAGUCGAGGGUUGCAAAUGCCCCUGGGGUCAAGGAGAAUCACUUCGGAGCCACCACAAAGGCAAUCAACGGGGCGCUAGAGUGCACGGGCUCCAAUACUGACAAGAGCAAGAAAAGAUAUGAGAUAUACAUGGCUCUUGUUGAGGCAUUUGGUGUCAACAAUCCUGCAGAUGAAAGUGGGUGCUACAGUUAG